AUGGACAAUCCUCAUGACUAUCUUAUUACGAGCCGUCCUCCUUCGCGGCCCGUCGAUCCUGACAAUGCCGAUAGCUGGGUUAUGCUCAAUCAGGGCGGCUUUGUCAAGCUUGGCAAUGAACGCAUCUUGAUGAAGCUCGAAUCGAGAAUCUCAUGCGACCUGUCUGUGCCCCAGGAGCUGAGAGCACGAUGUGCCUCGUUUCAACGGAAAAGUGAUAAGGGUACUCUCUUCCUGACAAACAAGAGAAUCGUAUACCUUCCCUUAAAACCUACACAAGAACCAAAGUUUGAAUCUUUCAGCGCUCCAAUUCUUAAGUUCCAAGAUUCUACCACUUCAUCUUCAAUGUGGUGGGGAUGGGUCUGGAAGUCAGACUGCAUCCCAGUAUCUGGUGGCGGCAUUCCCCCAGAUAUUCCUCGACUUGAGGUCAAGUUUACCUUCUCAGAUGGAGGCAUGAUGGAUUUCAAUGAAGCGUAUAUCAGGCUGCGGGAACGUCUUUACCAGUACCAAGAGAUGCGCCGUGAAAUGGGCCCAGGUGCCGACGUCCCCGAUGAACCUCUGCCCGCAUAUGAAGCUUCUUCCGCAGAAGCAGCACCCACAACAACCUCGACUGAGAACCGCCCCAAUCGCUCAGAGAGCACAGCCAGUCGAGGGGCACCGGAGGAACCACCGCCAGGAUACGACGAGGCACAAGCGCAACAGUUAAAUAUUCGAUUGGAGGAUCACGUUCGAGGGGAGAUUGAUAGGGGAGCAUACGAAAAUGAUGAUUAA